UACUUUCAAACUCAAUCCAAAAUGGCUAGUUUUGCAAAACUUACCUAACUUGCCUUUAUGUGUGAAUGAAAAUGAGUUAAGUGGCAAACAAAUUACACAUAACUGUCUAUGUGACAAUACUUCUGUGCUGGAUAUGUCUAGAGUGUUUUAACAUACUCAAUAGAAACAUCUAUUGUCACUCAUAGUCUACCAUAGAACCAUAGUCUACAUGAUUCACUCUCUCCAGGAAUCUACAAUGGCUACAAGUAAUGCGGAACACCUGUUGAGAACUCUGGAUCAACUAGGGGAAAACAAUCUGAAGAGGUUUCAGUGGUACCUGCAGAAUGAAGUGGAUGGGUUUAAUCCCAUCCCAAAGAGCAAGUUGGAGAAAGCUGACAGACCAGACACAGUGGAUAAGAUGGUGGAGUCAUACGGACUUGAAAGAGCUCUGAAGAUCACUGUGAAGAUCCUGGGGAAGAUUCCACAGAAUGAUCUUGCUGAGUCGCUGAUGAAAAACUGUUCCAUGGAUGUCAGUGGUGCUGAGGAGGCUGGUGAGAACACUUCAACUUCUUGCCUUCCUCAGGUAGUCCAGGGUUCUUCCAACCCGACUGAGACUGGAGACCAUGAACUGCCUAGUGGAAACCCCUUAGAGUAUGAUGAAUAUGCAGAAAAGAUCAAAUACAACAAACGCAAACAUCAACUACAACUCAAAUCAAAGUACGAAGAAACAGUUGAUAGAAUGAAACAGCAUGGCAAGAAAGUCCUCCUUGACAGCAUCUUCACAGAGCUCUACAUCACAGAGGCUGGAGGUGGAGAGGUUAAUCACCAACAUGAAGUGCGACAGAUUGAGGCAGAAUACAGGAAGAUUAGAGGGUCAGAAAAAACAAUCACAUUCAACAACAUCUUUAAAUGCCCACGUGAACGAAACAAACUUAUCAGAACGGUUCUGACCAAGGGAAUUGCUGGAAUUGGCAAAACGUUUUCCUCGCUAAAGUUCACUCUAGACUGGGCAAACGGAAAUGAAAAUCAAGACAUUGACUUCAUUUUUCCACUCCCUUUUCGACAGCUAAAUUUGUUCAAGCAAGAGAAGCACAACUUGAUUGAUGUCAUUCAUAAAUGCUUCAAAGAAAUGGAGAAAGAGCUUCUCGCUGCCAUUUUCACAGAAACACAAGAAAACAAGAAAAACCUGAAAGUUCUAUUUAUCUUGGAUGGUCUUGAUGAGUUCCAGAUAAACCUCAACUACGAGAAGUAUGAAAGCUGUGAUGUUGUCACAGAGCCGAAGUCCAUUGAUGUGCUACUAACAAAUCUGAUCAUGAAAGAUCUGCUUCCUUCUGCUCUCCUAUGGAUAACGUCCCGACCUGUCACAGCCAAUCAGAUCCCCUCUGAGUGUGUUGACCUGGUGACAGAGGUACGAGGGUUCAAUGAGAAACAGAGGGAGGAGUACUUCAAGAAAAGAUGCAGUGAUGAGAAAGCCAAAGCAAUCAUCUCACACAUCAAGCAACCCUCAUCAAAGAGCCUCUACAUCAUGUGUCACAUACCAGUCAUCGCUUUCAUUAUUGCAACAGUUUUAGAGACCCAUGGAGAAAAAGAGUUGCCCAAGACUCUGACUCAAGUUUACAUACUCUUCCUGGUUGAUCAAGUCAGAAAGAUGAACGUGAAGUAUAAUAGAAAAGCUGAGUCUGACGCACCCUGGGACAAAAAAGACAUUAAGAUUAUUCGAUCACUAGGGAAACUGGCGUUCAAACAACUGGAAAAGGGCAACCUGAUUUUCCAUGAGGCAGACCUGAGAAAAUGUGACAUUGAUGUCCAAAGAGCUGCAAACUGCUCUGGAGUGUGCACAGAAAUAUUUUCUGAAGAUAAAUGGGGUGGUGAAGAGAAGGUGUACUGCUUUAUCCAUCUGACCAUCCAGGAGCUUUUUGCUGCUCUGCAUGUGUUUCUGUCAUUCCGUAAUGACAAUGUGAAUUUAAUGUCAAAACAUUUUUACAAUAGAUUAACCUUCCUCCAAUCACCUGUCAGAUUCUACAAGAGUGCUGUGAACAGAACCUUAGAAAGUGAGAAUGGACAGCUAGACCUGUUCCUCCGCUUCCUCCUUGGCCUCUCAAUGGAGUCCAACCAGGAACUCUUGACAGGUCUACUAAUAAGGAGAAGAAGCAGCGCACAGAGCCUUGAGAAAACAGUCAAAUACAUCAAUAAGAAGAUCAGAGAGGAUCCCUCUCCAGAGAGAUGCAUGAAUCUUUUCCACUGUCUAAAUGAACUGAAUGACCGUUCUCUGGUGCAGAAGAUCCAAUACUACCUGAGCUCAGGAAGUUUCUCCAGUGAGAAGCUCUCAUCUACACAGUGGUCAGCUCUGGUCUUUGUGUUGCUGACUUUAGAAGAGAAACUGGACGUGUUUGACCUGAAGAUCUACUCCAGAUCAGAGGAAGGUCUUCUGAGGCUGCUGCCAGUGGUCAAAGCCUCCAAAACUGCUCUGCUGACUGACUGUAACCUCUCAGAACGGUGCUGUGAAGCGCUGGCCUCGGUUCUCCCUUCCUCAGAUCUUAGAGAGCUGAACCUGAGUAACAAUGACCUGGGGGAUUCAGGCAUGAAGCUGCUCUCUGAUGGAUUGGGGAAUCCAGGCUGUAAACUGGAGACGCUGAGACUGUCAGACUGUCUGGUCACGGAGGAAGGCUGUGCUUCUUUAGCCUCAGCUCUGAGGUCCAACCCCUUCCACCUGAGGGAACUGGAUCUGAGCUACAAUCAUCCAGGAGAAAAAGGAUUGAAGCUGCUCUCUGCUGGACUGGAGGAUCCACUCUGUAAACUGGAGAAACUCAAUGUGGAUUAUGGUGGAGAGUGCAGGAUCAAACCUAUCCCUAGGAGAUAUGUCUGUGAGCUCACGCUGGACCCAAACACAGCACAUGGAAACCUCUCUCUGUCUGAGGAGAACAGAAAGGUGACAUGGAUGAGAGAUGAGCAGCUGUAUCCUGAUCACCCAGAGAGAUUUGACUAUUGGCCACAGGUGCUGUGUAGAGAGGGUCUGUCUGGGCGCUGUUACUGGGAGGCAGAGUGGAGUGGUGGAGGGGUUUAUAUAGCAGUGACGUAUAAAGGAAUCAGCAGGAGAGGGAGGGGUUCUGACUGCAGGCUUGGAUUCAAUAACAAGUCCUGGAGACUGUACUGUGGUAAUCACAGUUACUUUGUCUGGCACAAUAAGAAGAGAACUGACAUACCUGUCCCCCCCUCCGGCUCCCACAGAGUAGGAGUGUAUCUGGACUGGCCGGCCGGCACUCUGUCCUUCUACACAGUCUCCUCUGACACAUUGACCCACCUGCACACAUUCCACACCACAUUCUCUGAGCCCCUCUAUCCAGGGUUUAUGCUUUAUGACUAUGACAGCUCAGUCCCUGUGUCAGGUAGAAUAGCUAACGUUAAUACAUGCUAAGAAGACUCAGUGAUGUUUUAUUGGCAAAAGGAGUUUGUACAAAGCAUUGAAUGUAGGGGUGCCAAUAAUUGUGGGACACAUUGUUCCAUUAAAAAUAAGUAUUUCUUGACAGAUUUCCUUUAAUUUCCUUUAGAGCCUUUGCAGUUGCCGGUCCUAGAGAGUGGAAUCAACUUCCCCUUUCUAUCAGACAGGCUCCUUCAUCGUCUGUUUUUAAAUCCAAACUUAAAACACACUUAUAUGCACUUGCGUUUCCCACUACCUCUUGGGUUGUGAUGUUACUUAUUUUACUGUUAUUGACUGUUUGUAUUUAGUUUUUAUUAUGUAUUUUAUGGUGUCUUUAAAAAAAAAAGACUGAUUUUGUUCGGCACCUCGUCAGCCUUGCUGUGUUAGAGUGUGCUUUAUAAAUAAAAUGUACUUGCUUACU